CUCCGGGCGGCCGUCCGUGCUGAUCCGCAGCCUCGCCCCGUCCCGCCCCGCCUCUUCCUCCCCGGCAGCGGCGAGAAGGGCGCGAGCCCCAUGGAGGCGGUGCUCCGCGCGUGGGGUGCAAACAGCUAUGGACAACUUGGCCUUGGUCAUAAAGAGGAUGUGCUGGUACCUCAGACACUGAAAGAUGUUUCCUGCAAAUGUCAAGACAUCAGGAGCAUCACUGGAGGAGGAGGACAUUCUGCAGUUAUCACUGGUGCUGGAGAACUCUUUGUAUGUGGCCAUAACAAAGAAGGGCAGUUGGGAUUGAAUCACACAGAAAAUGUGCUCUGUUUUACACUGUGCGCUGCCCUGUCUGGCUUCUGUGUGCAAGAAGUGGCCUGUGGCUGGGAUUUUACAAUCAUACUAGGAGGAGCUGGCCUUGUUCUGUCCUGUGGGUCUAAUGCUUUUGGGCAACUAGGAGUUCCCCAGAUUUCAGGCCCGUGCUUGAUUCCACAAAAGGUCGAGUCCCUCAAAGAGAAAGUAGUGGGUAUUGCUGCAGGACUGAGACAUGCCCUUGCUGCUACAGAGAGUGGUUUGGUGUUUCAGUGGGGAACUGGCAUGGCAUCUCGGGCAAAGCGUGCGCACCAGGGGAAAAGCCUCCCUCUGUUCUGGACUGCAAAGGAACCCUGUGAAAUAAAAGGCCUGGAAGAUGUGAAGGCGAAGAGAGUUGCCGCAGGCUCCUACCAUUGUGUGUCUCUUACAGGUGAAGGACUCCUCUAUGUCUGGGGUAGCAACAAACAUGGGCAGCUGGUGAGCAAAGAGAUAUUUCUUCUUGAGCCCAAGAAGAUCGACACUCAGUUUUUCUCACAUGAAAAGAUUGGAGCAGUUUGGAGUGGUUGGACUCACUUGGUGGCGCAGACAGAAACUGGGAAGGUAUUCACCUGGGGCAGAGCAGACUAUGGACAGCUUGGAAGACAUGCAGUGGUUCCUGAUGGGCAGGAGACGUGCACAGCAUCUGAACAAUCUGUGAAGCUGUUUUGUAACAUUCCUAUUUCCUUGUCUUGCCUAAAUGGAGCAUCUCAGAUCGCAUGUGGCUCUGAGCAUAAUCUGGCAGUAGUUGAUAAGGAAGCACCGUUUCACUUUCAUGCUGCUGCUCACCUUGCUGUCUGUAACUUCUGCCUUUCUGGUUUACACUGCGUAUGCAGUGGCUGUUGCUUCUCUUGGGGAUGGAACGAACAUGGGAUGUGUGGUGACGGCACAGAAGCAAACAUUCAUGUACCAAAGCCAGUGAAAGCUCUUGGUUAUGCAGAACAGAUCUUAAUUGGAUGUGGGGCAGGACACUCCUUGGCUCUUUGUCAAAACUCCACGUUAGACUCAGGACACGAGAAAUCUUAGCAACAUGGAUGUGGAUGGACGUCGUUGGGUUGCGUAGCUCAGAAGUUCUUCAAGAAGAUUGCCUGAGAUUAACAUGGCAGCUGGAAAGUGUGGAAGUUUGUUCCCAAACUAUAAGAAAUGAGCGUGCUUAGAACAGUAUGGGAAAAAUAAAAAUCAAACAGUUAUUUUAAAAAAUUAUGUCAUGGGUUCUUUGUACAGGAAUUGACUUUCUUACCCACAGGUAGAAUGACGUUUUGCCUCGAUGCAAUAUUGAAGAAAGAAUGACUCUUUCUUGUCUUUCUAAGAAGUCUUUGAGGAGGAAACUGCCUGUCUAAUCACUUAUCGUUAGUGUAAAAAUUCAGUCUAAUGUGAAAAAAAAAGAUUGAGGAAACAAUGUGAGAAGGUGGAAACAUGGGGCCAGCUCUGGUCUUUUAUUAAUGUAUCUGCAUGUCACGAUGAGCAUGUGUUGCACCUGCCAGCUUUUAUUGAAGUUUUGAGCUCCCAGCAUCUUAAGAAAUCCAGUUGAAAAGAGAAAUGCCAGUGAACAUAAAUAGAGGCAUAUGCACAUUUUAAGCAGAAGAUCAGAAUUUUGAGAAAAUAGAUACGAUUUAGAAGACUGGCAAAAGGAGAAAAUGAGGCUCUUCUGAAAUAAGCUACGUGUUGAUUAAACUGAGAGGAACAGCGUUUCUGAGGAAUUAUCUUCUGUGCCAGACAUCCAUUCAAUAGAUAUUCACAGGGCUGCAGAUCCACACAAAUUAUUAUUAACUUGAAAAUUAAACCUAAAGUUCUUGAAGCUACUGAUAGGAAAGAGAAUCUUCUGAGAGCCCUUGGAAACAACAGAAGAGGUCUUGUCAAAGAGCGUAAGUCAGUUGUAGCUGCUGAGGACAGUUUGAUCCAACAUAGCUGAUGUAUUUGUAGCUGCAGCCGAAUAGGAAGGCUUCCAGAUAUAAACAGAAACUUUUUACAAGUUCUCUAGCUUAAGAGGCAGACCAGAAUGCUCCUGGUAGCGUCAGCUUUCACAUCAGCUUGGCAGUCCAUCUGAGGUUCUGAUCAGAGUGUGCCCACAAUACUAGCCCCAGGUGAGUGCUGGGUAGAGAAACAUAUGCCUUAUACUGAUUGUGGUGGGAGAAAAGUGUAAGUUGUCUUCAGAUACUAUUAACUGCCUAUGGUGAGCAGAAUUUUGGAAGCUAUUUAUAAAACUCUUCCACACAAACGCAGUGGAUGCCAUUAAACUAGAUGUUUACCACCCACGAUAGUUAAAUUUGCUGUGAUGUAUGUCAAGUUCUAAAUAUAGGGAGUACUACUGUGUGGUAAACACACCUUUUAAUGAGAACUACUGUUACUAAACAGUGGUUUAAUUUUUAAAUGAGGGUUUGCCAGGGAGGAGGCUUUAUAGAAUUGCAAAAUACUAAGAGAAGGGCUGUUAGAAAAUAGGAUGGCAAAACUGUAUUGACCUGUCAGCUAACUCACAAGGGGGAGGGAGGUAUAUGGGCUUUGGGGUUUUUUCUCCUUGCUGUUUCAGUGGUUACAGUUCAUGGCCUCAUUUUCAGACGUUUUGUCUUUCUGUUCAGUGGAGAAGAAAUCUGUAGUAAGAAGCUGGUUAUAACUGCAUUGCAGAUACUGAAGGAAACUGUUAGAAUAACAGAAUGGGACCAACUGCAAAAAGUGCGAAAUUGAAUCUUCCAUUGUAUGCAAGAUUUAAUCUUCCAUUUUCUCAUCUCUGUCGGUUGUGGUUCUUCACAGUAAUACCCUAUUCUAGACUGCUACUUCAGACACUUUUUACUUCUCUGCCAGGCUGCUAUUUAUUGACUCCUCAGUACUAUUUUCUGCCUAAAACAACCUCUCUGAUACAUGCACUGAACAGUUGCUCAUGCUUUUUAGACAGUUUCAUCUGGAGUUCCUUCUUUCAUUUUCCUCAGAUCUGUGCACUGAAUAAACAUUAUCUUGUUUCAGUGGGAAGUAUGCUGAGAAUAAUUUUGUUCAUUGGUCAAUGAUAGCUAGUAUGUGACCCACAGGCCCUGGGUUUUGCUGUAUUAGGUGUGUUUUGGUUGAGUAAGCUGUUGGUGCAGUCCCUUUCAGAGGAAUCUAACUAAUGUAACAAAUAAAUGGGACGUGGUUAUUUGAA